AUGUCCUGUGCAAGCUUGCUGGAUGACAAACCCCAGCCUAAGUCUAUGAGCCGAGCAAGGCAGUGGACAGAUGAGGUGGAGAAUCUCUACAGAUUUCAGCAGGCUGGAUACAGAGAUGAGCUGGAGUACAGGCAAAUUAAACAAGUGGAGAUUGACCGAUGGCCUGAGACAGGGUUUGUGAAGAAGCUUCAGCGGCGAGAUAACACAUACUAUUACUAUAGCAGAAAGCGGGAGUGUGAGGACAGAGAUGUGCAGAAAGUCAAGGUGUAUGUGUACUGA